UCGCCGGAGGACUUCGACGCCUAUACAAAAUGAUGUCAAAAUUGUGCGGCAAAGAUCGGACAUUGAUCGUCUUCGCGCCCCAGAAACAUCACAAGACCGUCAUGCGACACCUCUACAAUUGGGAGAACGUUGAGGUGAUACUAGGCACUUGGAAGCGCUUUAUGGGGGUCGGAACGGCUGUCAAUAAAUAUGGGAAUAUGCAAAUUGAGAGUAAGGACACGAUGGCGAUCGUCCUGCAUGCCGAGGGAGGCGACCUAAGAAAGGUUACAAGAGUGUCGCGCUCAAAAGCGGACAUUGUGGAAGUAAACGUUGUGGAACAAUUUUUUAAGAGGUGUGCAGCGAAGCAUGGCGGCGAUGAAGGCAGUGAAAAAGAGGAGUAUGGGCGUUGGGAACGAGAGCCGCAACGGCUACAAACCUUAUGCAACUCAUUUCUGCAUGAGGACGAAGGGGUUAUAGUCCUUGGGAAGCCACAUGUUGGCCUUGUGUGGGAGUUUUUGCGCGCGGGGAACCAUGUAUUUGCGUGCGAUGCAUCGUCGAAAGACAUCGCAUAUUUGACAAAGGCCAUCAAAAUACUCGCCAAGGAUCCUCGAAACGAUUGCACCAUCGAGAAACAUAAAAGCACACAACGCUCGGACAGGGACAUGUAUCACAAGUUGGGGAAGAAGAGAGAAAAAAUGUGGGAGUACUUGUUCCAAGGCGACCCCAAGACUGCAUUCCAUCACGAGUACAUCUAUCGUAAAGCGAUGGCACAAAAAGCAUAUGGUGGUUACCACAAGGCAGAGGUGGGGGCAUUCUCGUUGUUUGUGGCGCGAUGCGAAGAGCUAAAGUUCAUGAGACAUUGCAGCAAGUUGACGUACAGCGACUACAGUGACGUCGCACGUAGAACAGAUGCGUGGAAUCCGAUUGACAACGAUGAAGAGACUGAGACCUCGGACCUUGAAAUCGACCUACGGGUUAAGCGUUCUCGAGAUGGUGCACAUGGUCGUAAGGGAAUGCAAAAUAUUCCGGAUGGCAGCGUGCAAAACGAGAACCCUGAAGGAGGUCUGCAGCAAUCCGGACCACUGAGCACUCAUGUGGUUGACACGCAGGACAGGGCAAGUUCCGCUGGUGAAUUCCCAAGGGAUUCACCGACACCCGUUCAAGCCGUAAUGAACGCCCUGCCUCACGGCAAUCGCUACCGAUAUCAAGGAGAGAAGAGGUCCAUCGGAUGAAUGUCUGGAGGGAUGAGGAUGAACGACGUGAGGGAAGACGCCGACGAGGAUGACUUGGUUGUUCCAGGUGUCUUCCCGAAGUUGACGCUCGGUGAUGA